CAACAAAAGAUGAUAAAUGGAGUAAAGCAAAACAGAAUAAUAUAAAGAAAGUCCCAAAGUAACGAAAUCUGAAGAAACAAAAAUGGAGCCCUUAGUUGACAGUCUAAAUGAAGAUGAUGCAGAGAGGGAGAGCCUUCUUGCCAAACCUACUUGCUUCAUUAUUAUAGGAAGACCGGGUGUUGGCAAAUCCACCUUGGCUCAAAAAAUUGCAGAGUCUUGGAAAUGCAUCUUGAUAGAUGAUACUGAUCUGAUCAACUCACACAUCCAAAAUAAAACAAAGCAAGGGGCAGAACUCUUGGACCUCUUAAAUGAAGGGAGAAGUAUACCAGAAGACACGGUUCUCGAGUUAAUACUUGCCAAACUUAACUCACCUGAGGUGGAGCACUAUGGCUAUGUACUGAGCUGUUUGCCAUUCAUGUCAGAGGAGUGUAUGAAGAUUCACGAGCAGAUUGAGCUAAUCAAAAACCUGAAGUUGACGCCUGAUUUUAUCAUCAAUAUCAGGUGUACAGACAAAGACUUGAUCCAGAGGCUGUCAGGUCAGAAGCAGCACCCAGAAACAGGUCGGUUAUACAACAGGGAUCAGUGGAAGCGUGAGGAAGUAUACAACAAAAAGACAGAGAGCACUGGUGAAGAAGUGGAGGAUGAAGAAGAACAGGUAGUGGAAGAGGAAAUCCAAAAGGAAAGUGUUGACCAAAUGGUGUGGACACCAGAAAAUUUAUCGCAAAAUGUUUCACUUAAAAUCAGCAUCUAUAAAGAUACCAUGCUUAGACCCUUGGAGGAUUACAUGACAAACCACAACCCUCUCUAUCGUUUGAAUCUGGAUGGGAACAACACACCUGAUGAGCUACACUCAUCUGUAAUGGCUCGUCUUGGAUCCAUGGCUGUCAAUCGUGUCUCAGUUCCCAUCCUCCUCCGUGAGAAUGAUGAAGAUGAACUGCCAGAAGAGAGGGAGGACCUUCUGAGAAUCAUGUCCUCCUCCAGGACAGUGGCCCCUGGGUUUAGGUGGAAAAGAAGUCGCUGGGGUCAAGCCUGCCCAGUGGCUCUUAUGGAAGGCAAGCUCACUAUAGGCAGGCCAGAACUAUCUGUAGGAUUCCAGGACAAACUGUACUUCCUUUCUUCUAAAGAGGCCUACCAGAAGUUUGUCACAAAUCCUAGGCGGUACUUAGUGCCUCCAAUGCCCAGGCCCCCAUGCAGGGUUUCUAUCAUCGGCCCCUCACAGUCAGGGAAAAGUACCCUGUGUAAGCUGCUCACACAGCAUUACGGUGCAGUGAUAUUGGAUAUGGAAGAAAUGGUGCAGCCAGUUUUGGACAAAGUGGAGCAGGAGAGACUUGACAAAAUCAAGGAGGAGACCACAAUGGCUGCUUUAGAAGCAGUCAAGGCAAAGCUGGAGGUGGAUGGUGGAAAAAACUCAGAUGAAACCAGCUCCAUAGAAGUGACGGAAGACCAUCCAGAAGUGAAGGCGAUGGUGCUUACUACUCUAGAAGAAGCUAAACAUAUGAGCACAUCACCCCUUGGCCUGUAUGCUGAUGUAUUGGAGAAACGCAUAAAAGAGAUUGAAGCAGCAGACGCUGAUGCAGAUGUCAAGACUGGCUGGGUGCUUGACAACUUUCCCAAGAACUUUUCCCAAAUGGAGGCCUUACAGCAAGCUGAAAUCCUACCAGAUAUCCUCUUCUGCCUCAGCGAUAGUGAUGGAACUCAGGUAUUGAAAAGGUUGUAUGAGAAGAAUAAAGACAGUGUGGAUAAAGCAGUCAGAGAGCGGCUACAGAAGCAGCAUUCUGAAGAGGAGAAAGAGUCCUUAAACCAUGAGAAGCAAGCAGAGGAAGAAGAUAAGCCUUCAGAAUUACAUUCAACUCUAGAGACAGUUAUUGAAGAAACUGAAGAAAAACCUGACAUUGAGAGCCCUACACAUCCAGAGACAAUUAAAAUGGGAGCUGAAGUUAUAGAGCAGCCUGACAACUGGGACUUAGGUUAUCCAGAUGGUCCAGAAAUGAAUGUGUACAAACAACAACUGCAGCAGUUUGAGACAGAAUGGAACCAAAUGCAGUCCAUUUUAACUAUUAGCCAUCCAGUUUUGGAAAUCAAUGGCAAGAGCCCAGAAGAACUACUGGAAGAGAUGACCUUUGAGAUGGAAAACCCGUUCAGGUAUGCAUCCCGGGAGCUGUCAGCCACAGACCUAGAUGAAGAGGUGGAAGCCUUUGCUGAGAUGGAGAAAGAAGAGGAAGACAGUGUUGACAAUGAAACAGCAGAGGAAGAUGAGGUGGCCCCAACAGCUAAGAGAUUACUGGGUGACACUUCUCAUUUCUGCCCUGUGGCCUUAAAAAUGAACAAAGUCCUGGUUCCCACUGCAAAUGAAGUUGCAGCCAAGUACCGAGAGAAAACAUACUACUUCUCCAGCCAAGAAGCUAUGGAUAGAUUCCUUCAAAUGCCAGAACAAUUUGUUGCACAAACAGAGCCUUUAAAGCCUCCAGCCUUGCGUAUCUUUUUGCUGGGCACCCGAGGAUCAGGGAAAACCACUAACGGGGAAUGGCUUGCCCGUGAGCUUGGUCUCUUCUACAUUCAGUUCAGGGAGCAGCUCCAGAUACUCCUCAUGGCUAAGACAAAGAAGCAGGUUCCUUAUUCUGAUGAAGUGGAGGAGUCUUCAGAAGAUCCUUCUGAAGAUCUGGACGCUCUAAUAAAGGAAGCCAGGGGCGAGGAUGAGAAUGAAACUGAUGCUACCUCUGACAACAUGCAUGACACAGAGGAGGAAGUUGAACUGACUGAUGAGGAAAAAGACAUUAAAGCCUACCUGUCUGAUGGAGAACCACUGACUCCACAGAUACUGGAUAAGGUCAUCACACCCUAUUGGAAACAAGAGCCGUAUAUGUCUACAGGCUUUAUCUUGGAGGGCUUCCCUCACAACACUGAUGAGGUGGAGUACAUAUUGCUGAAACAGCUCUUUCCUGACAUUGUGAUUGUAAUGGGUGUGGACGUCACAGAUGUUCAGAAACGUUUGUUGCCGAGAUACCUGAAGGUUUGGCAUGAGCACUGUAACCACCGUCAAGGUCAGCUGAACCUCCUUCGAGAUCUGCGUCAAAAGACUCGGGAAGAGAACAUUGCUAAGAGAAGGGCUGAACUCAUGGCAGAACUUGGCACAAAGGCUGCAAAGUUGGGGAGCGAUGACGACGAUGAUGAAGACGAACAUGCUAAAAACAUAGAGGAUGAGAUUGAGGCUUUGCUUGAGGAGGAGUUCCCUCCAGAAGAGAGUACUGAAGACACAGAUAAUGAGGAAACUGAGGAGGCAGCUACUGAGAGGCUGGAGAAUGACAUAGAAAAGCGCUUUGUGACAGAUGAAAACAACCUCAUAAAUGUGACGGAGCUACUGAGUGAACAAAACAUACCCAAGGUGACAGUCACUGCAUCCCGCAAGCUACGGCUUGUGCGCCAAAAGCUACUCCAUAAAAUCCAGCCUCUUCUGACCAACAGGGAAUCACUUUUCCAACACAGUCAACCAAUCUCAUACAGUCUGGCACAUAAGCUCCUGUUUUCCACUUACAAAUUCCACAGCGCCUUUGGAUACUGGGAUCCUGUCAAGUUAUACAAAGAAAGAGACUUAAUUCAUCCUCUGCAGUGGUCUCUCAAUACUACAUACCCACUGCUCUUCAAUCAGUACAUCUACUUCUUUGGAUCUAAGGAGAACCGCAACACAUUUAUGCUGAAUCCCUUGAAGUACCUUCGGCAACCCAAACCCACCUUGCCCCUCCCUGUUAAACUGGCUGUCAUUGGACCACCUAAAUCUGGGAAAACCACAGUUGCACAGAUGUUUGCUGAGAAGUAUGGCCUGGCUCGGCUGUCCAUUGGAGGGGUUAUACGUACGGUCCUUAACACUCAGGAGCACAGCGAUCUGGCCACGCAGAUAAAAAAGCACCUUUCCCAGGGCCUUGUUGUACCCGAUGAACUAGCCAUUCAGUGUCUGGAGGUGGCGCUCAUGAGCUCAGUCUGCAAUAUUCAAGGGUAUGUUUUAGAUGGUUUUCCAAUGACAUUAAAGCAGGCAGAGCUCAUGGAGUCUCUGAGCAUCAUCCCCAUGGUUGUAGCUGAGCUGGACCUUGACACAGUGGAAGUGCUGAAGAGAGGUCUUGUGGACAAAAUGAAGCCCAAAAAACCUCACCUGAUGCACGACAGCUCUGAGAUCCUCCACAUUCGCAACUCCUGUUUCAAGCAGGAGGCGGAAUAUAUAAGGAGACACUUCCAGCGACAAUUUAAAAACUGGAUCCUGCUUGAUGCACUAAAGAGCAAAUGGUGGAUCUGGAACAGCAUUUUGAGGGAGGUCAGCAUUAGUAUGAAAUAUAUCCACAGCUACCUGGAGAAGACCCAGAAUGGGCAAGCAGCCUGCAUCAACAGGAUGUGCAUCACCCCCAAGGAGCUACAGCAUCAGCUCGGAGAGUUUGGCUACUAUUGCCCUGUCUGCCUGGCUCUAGAUUGCCAUCUAAUGGACUGCUCAGAAACUGCAGACUUGACUCAUGCUGCUGUAUACAGGAGACGCUAUUACAAAAUGUGUAGCAAAGUGCACUUAGCGCAAUUCCUGACUACUCCAGAUCAGUUUGUGGCCCCUGACUGCCCACACACUCUCCCACAACCCCACCUGCUGCCGAGAAAGCUAACUGAGGUCGAACUGAAGAACAGGUUCCCACAGCAAGUCGAGAUGAGAGGUUUCUGCCCUGUCACAUAUUUGGAUGGGAAACAGAGGUAUGAAGCCCUGGUUCGGGGAAACAUGCAGUAUGCUGUGGAAUACAGAGAACGGAUCUAUAUUUUUGAGACCAAGCAGAAACAGGACAAAUUUCUGAGGCUUCCUGAAAUCUACUGGGACCAGAAGCUCCCCAAUAAAGUUCCUCCUCUUUGUGAACCUGUACCCCUCACCUCUCUCCCAACACUGGGCUACUUGGAGCAGGGUGUGGCGGUGUCAGUCAUUAAAGCCAUGACAGCUGUUGGAUGCCUCAAACCAAAGUAUCCUUUCCUCAGUAUACAAAGAUCUGCCCUGCUCUAUGUGGCCUACUAUCUAAAAGCUUUCAACCCCAAGAGCACAGAUUACACUCGCCAGAAGUACAAGAAGAAGCUGGCCAUGUUUGAGGAGAACUGUGCGCUUAUACCUUACCUGAUCUCAGCAAUGCAGGGAAACUACAGACCUCCCAGCGAACGUCCCAUUGACUUUGAAUUUAAACUGAACAGGUUCUUGGCCUUGGGAGACGGGAGAGAAAAACAGUGAUUUAGCUGUGUUAAAAUCUAAGCUUUACUCUAUUUUAUAUUAUUUGUGUUUAUUUGACAGCGUGCUGUCUUUAAUAAAGUAUCUGCCAUUACCAUGACUAAAGAUUUUCUUAACUCAUAUGUUUAAUUAAUUUAUUUUAAUUGACUGCUUUUAUGGUAACAGCAUUGCAAAAAAUGAUGAAAUAAACAGA